CUUCUGGAUCAAGGAGACUUCUUCGCUUUUAACCUAUCGCUAUUUAAGUCAGGUUCUGUUUUGGAGUCGAUGCGAAUUCAUCGGUCCACAGUGUUUAAAAUUUGUUGGUUUUCUCUUUGUGGUUGCCGUUGGAAUUUGGAGUAAUCCAGGAGAAGAGAGACACCGUCGAGAUGGUGAACGGGAGAGUUUAGCCGUGCCGGUCGGAAAAUGUGACGUCAAAUAUGUCACCUGUGCUGUGUGCGAAUCCAGUCGAAGAUAAAAACCGGCUAUAAACCGAAUUGGAAAAAUAAUUCGUCCGCGAAGGAGGCGAAAAUAAGAUCCGCCGGCCCUUUUCAGAGAACAGGAGGUCUUAAAAGCCCCCGAGCUUUUGAAAGCCCGGCCCCGGAAUCGCUUCUAUGAAACCCGAGGCGGGUCUGGAUUUUCUCUCGGAUCGCGACUAGGGGGGCCGAAAAAGAAGAGACGACGGCGCGACUCAUCGCGUUGUAAAGGAUGCGAAAUAAAGUGGCGAGGAAAGCCGCCAUCUUACGUCCGUAAUUCGAGGAAACCUCCUCAUUUUCAUUUUUCUGGGGGUUCGACGAUCCGGGAGACAAACACUCGGAGAAUUUUGUAAAUAUCGGAGUGAAUUGAGGAAAACACGAUAAAAGUGGUGUUCAAAAAGAAAUCCACCAACAUUAGAGGCGUUUCAGGAUACUGCAAAAAGGAGGCUUCAGAUGGGGGUUUGCCAACUCGUGCCGCCGGAAUGACAGAUGAAAGAUGGCUGUCUAGAGGCGGUGCAGGUGUGAAGAUGGAACAUCAUUUCCAAACAGCUCUGGAUCCGAGAAAACAAGAGCUGCUUGAAGCACGCUUUUUGGGUGCCAGGAUGUCUGCCGGAUCCCAGUUACAGAUGGCACCUCAAAGCGGGCUACAACAAGCCCACAGCCAGGAUUCCAACCUGAGCACUGGAUCAUCGCAUAGUGAUAAAGAGGCAGAAAGCAUCACCCCAGAGAAAGGAGGUGGUGGCAGCAGUGGUGGUGGAGGAGGAGGAGGCGGUGGUGGGCGAGUGGGUGGAGGUGGUGAGAGAAAGCGAAAGCGUAAACCUGACGACUCUGGUGUAGUUGGACUCGGUUUAUCUGGGAAGAACGCCGGACGAGGUCUUGUCUCAGACAAGAAAUCUCUCGAAUAUUAUAAUAAACACCCACCUGGAACAUCACCGAUAAGGCAUGGAGGUGCAAAGAGCCCUUCUCCAGCCCAACCGGUGUACCCGAUGGUCUGUUCUGCCCCCAAAGCUGGAUGUAGCCCCUCAGACGAUGUUGUAACUUUUUUGACUUUCCAGUUUCCACCUUCUCCUCAGCAAGCUGCUACCCUUCUAGGCACUCAGGACUACGCAACCUUAAUGCAUCCUCCUAAACUUCCUGCAAUGCAAACAAAACAAAUCCAGACUGAUCUGACGCGUCAGAGGAUUCAAGAAUUUGAAACUCAAGCAUCAUCGGAUCUUGAACUGAGAAAUAAUAAAAUAGAAGAACUAAAUAGGACAAAUGAAGAACUCAGGCAUCAGUUGGCAGCGCAGGCCAAAGCGAUGGAGCAGCACAAGGCACACACGAAUAAGUGCAUAGACGUAGUGAAAAAACUCCUUAAGGAGAAGUCAAACAUAGAAAAAAAGGAAGCGAGGCAGCGGUGUAUGCAAAAUAGGUUAAGAUUAGGCCAGUUUGUAACACAAAGGGUCGGUGCGACGUUUCAAGAAAACUGGACAGACGGUUAUGCGUUCCAAGAGCUUUCUAGGCGGCAGGAAGAGAUCUCAACAGAAAGAGAGGAAAUCGAUAAGCAGAAAAAGCUUUUGACGAAGAGAAGGCCCUCGAAUUCUGAAACAGGCCGGAAAAGAGCGAGUUCUCAGGGAAGCAAUUCCGGUCCUGGAGCUGGCCCUGUCGGAAACAACCAGAUAGCUCUGCAUAACGGAACGGACAAUUUUCUUAAACCGGAGCCGGUACCUAUGAUGUCUGCUCAAGAAUACUACGAGGCCGACGAAAUCCUAAAACUCAGGCAGUCGGCAUUGAAGAAAGAGGACGCAGACCUACAGGUCGAAAUGGAAAAAUUAGAAAGGGAAAGGAACUUACAUAUUCGUGAGCUUAAGCGGAUUCACAACGAAGAUCAAUCGAGGUUUAACAACCACCCUGUUCUACACGACAGGUAUCUUCUUCUGAUGCUGCUGGGCAAAGGAGGAUUCUCUGAAGUUCACAAGGCUUUUGACUUGAAAGAGCAGAGAUAUGUCGCUUGUAAGGUUCAUCAACUGAACAAGGACUGGAAAGAAGAUAAAAAGGCUAAUUACAUCAAGCAUGCACUUAGGGAGUAUAACAUUCACAAAGCGUUGGACCAUCCUAGAGUUGUGAAACUUUAUGACGUCUUCGAAAUCGAUGCAAAUUCUUUUUGUACAGUUCUAGAAUAUUGUGAUGGUCACGAUCUAGACUUUUAUCUCAAACAGCAUAAAACAAUAGCUGAGAGAGAAGCGAGGUCGAUUGUGAUGCAGGUUGUCUCGGCGCUCAAGUACCUAAACGAGAUUAAACCGCCUGUAAUCCAUUACGACUUAAAACCUGGAAACAUUCUGUUAACAGAAGGUAAUGUCUGUGGUGAGAUCAAAAUCACAGACUUCGGUCUUAGUAAAGUAAUGGAUGAGGAAAAUUACAAUCCUGACCAUGGGAUGGAUUUGACAUCUCAGGGCGCUGGGACAUAUUGGUAUUUGCCUCCUGAAUGUUUCGUUGUUGGAAAGAAUCCACCUAAAAUUUCUUCAAAAGUAGACGUUUGGUCUGUAGGAGUUAUCUUUUAUCAGUGCCUUUAUGGGAAAAAACCGUUUGGGCAUAAUCAGUCCCAGGCAACGAUUCUGGAAGAAAACACAAUUCUUAAGGCAACAGAAGUACAAUUUGCUAACAAACCGACUGUCAGCAAUGAAGCGAAGAGUUUCAUCCGCAGCUGCUUAGCAUAUAGGAAGGAAGAAAGGAUAGAUGUUCUGUGCUUGUCAAAACACGAGUACCUUCAGCCGCCUAUACCGAAACACGGACGCGCUGCUAACAACCAGCAACAGCAACAGCAAAUGCACCACCAACAGCAGCAGCAACAACAGCAACAGCAGCAACAACAACAGCAGCAGCAACAGUUUGGGAUGUUUGGCGGAAUGAAUGCUAGUAGCUCUUCAUAGUCCUAACUGGAAGUAUAAAGAGUCAGGAAUUUUCUUUUAAAUUAGGGUCAGACGUCAACAUAAUCGGUAGUCCUUGUGAAAGAGAGAAACAUGUGCACUUCAAAGAAGUGUGUGAUGAUGACGUGAAAAAAAGUGCUGUGAUUUAAUUUUCCCCGUUCCAACCCAGUUUUUAGCAAGAAGGAGAGAAAAGAUUUGAAACUUAACUUCGGUUUCUAUGUAUAAUCCCUCUCCUGCUAUGUUAGCCUCUUUUAUGCGAGUCGAAAUGCGUUUCCCCCUCCCCUUCUCAUUGUUGAUUUUAUUAUUUGAUUACGUGUGUAUGCUUAUUUGAAUGUGCAUGGAUGUGUGUGAGUGCGUAUACUUGUGUAGUUGGGCGUGAACAGCAAAGACUUGCGCAUCAUUUGUGAUCACAGAAGGUUUUACCCUGUGCAGAUUAUUUCUGAAGAUUUGUAUAUAUAUACAUAUAUAUAUUAGUGUGUGUUUCGUUACACACACCACACACACAUGCUUGUCAGGAGGAAUAGUUUAUUUAAAAAAAAGUUUAGAUAAAUAAUGACAUCAGAAAAGGAAAUAAAUAAAUAAAAAAAGAAGGAAGUGUGUUUUGUGAUAAAGACGCUCAGACAAUUGAGAAAGCUAAUCUUUAAUAUUAAAAAGAAAUGUUGAAAAUUGAAAAAGUGUGGACAAAUAAUAAUGGUUAUUAUAUCUUAAUUAAAAACAGAAUCAUUUAAAGAAAAAAGUUCCUUAAUCGUUUAUAACAAUAUUUAACUUAUUCGCCAUUCUGGACGAAAGCUAAAUUUAUUUAUAUAUAUUACUUAUAUAAAAUGAAAGACAAAAAGAAAAAUGAAAAAAAGCGAAGUAGAAUUAACUUCCGUCGCUGGCCUCUGUAAAUAAGCAUUUGAUUAUCCCCUUAAGAAAAAAUAAAAUUAAGCAAAAAAAAUAUAUAUAUAAUCAUAUAUAUAUAUUAGAUAAGUUAAUUCUAGGCUAGGCAUUUUGUUAUAUACAUAAUAAAUAUAUAUAGACUUAAUAUUGGAGACAAGAAUUUUCUCUUUUUUUCUUGUUUUUGUUUUUCUUAUUGCAAUCUCUCUCUUGUUUUCAGUUUUGUUGUCUUUUUGAGUCUAAGUCAAACAUAUUUCCCACUGUAAUAUUGAUUUUAAAAAUGUGAACAUGAUAAAAACCUUUGUACAUAUCUUUUUUAUACUUGAGAAGUGCAUGUCUCUCUUCUGAUACGUUGGGAAAGACUGCAUGAUAAUCAUUUUUCCUUUUUCCUUUUGUAUCUUUCAUUUCUUAGAAGAGAGAGGCAAAUAAUUACAAAAG